CCUCAGCACCACCACCAGCCAUGCGCCAAAUCAUCUAAGCACGGCUGCGCGCGUUUACAGCCCACCGAGGAAGACGAACGCGCGGCAGUCGCUUGGACCCAUCCCUCGCAGGUUAUCCUUGAGAGACCUCGCGAUUUGCCUCUUUGUUUUAUUUAAUUUUUUGCAAUUCAAGAAAUCCAGUCAGUCUAUUGCCUUGGAUGCAGCUACGACGACGAUGCGGCGGAGUUGCAACUGAGAAAUCUCCCUCCUCCUCCGUUUUUACCGGUUCUUUUUGAGGGGGUAAAAAGAGACAUUUUUACAGCAUCAACAAUGAAGCUAAAACCGAACCAGACUAGGACCUACGACGGAGAGGGGUUCAAGAAGCGAGCGGCGUGUCUGUGCUUCAAAAAUGAACGCGAGGAAGAGGUAUUACUGGUGAGCAGUAGUCGGCACCCAGACCAGUGGAUCGUCCCCGGGGGAGGGAUGGAGCCCGAGGAGGAGCCGUGUGGAGCCGCUGUCAGAGAAGUGUUUGAGGAGGCUGGUGUAAGGGGAAAACUGGGGCGUUUGCUUGGUGUAUUUGAGCAAAACCAGGAUCGUAAACACAGAACAUAUGUGUACGUGUUGACUGUCACAGAGACACUAGAGGCCUGGGAGGACAGUGUCAACAUAGGCCGUAAGCGGGAGUGGUUCACUGUGGAUGAGGCCAUCAAAGUCCUGCAGAGCCACAAACCAGUGCACGCCGAGUACCUGCGCAGACUUCAGCUCAACUGCUCCUCCACAAACGGAAACUCCAUUCUGCCCAGCCCCCAGGCAAAUGACAACUACCCUCACUUCAGCGCUACCACCACAGCGUCCACAGGGGGUGUCCUCACCUCCUCACGCAGAUAGGACUAAAGUGAUAAGGGAGAUUAACUGUCAAUGGACCGUGCACAAACCUCCACCUGUACAGCCACCUGCAUGAAGAGACUGAUGAGAUAUUUGUUCAUUUGUAGGAUAUUUUUGGGACAGACCAAAGUCAUUACUCCCACUGGUGUACAGGAAUGAGGGGAGGAAAAAGUGGUUUUGCUGUAUGCUUUUUCACUUUUGAACAAAUCUGUACUGUUAAGUGGAGUUUUGGGAAGAAUAACCUGCUGAUUUCAAGAUAAACUUGAAGGAAUGCCUUACAGAAAACUUGUGUGAAUGUUAUAUUUGACAAAAACAUUUUAUUUUUGCUUAAGGGGAGAUGACUUAGAUUCCCAUCAAAAGGGUACUGACCCAAGAAUGUGUUCAUAUUUUGUGUCUUAUUCAUAAAUUGAAAAAGUCUAUUGGGCAAGACAGUACAGUAUUAUAUAACUUUUUCACUUAUUCUUAAUCUAUUUACACCAAGUUCCACCACAAGUAACCUUUGUAAUGGUUCACUUUUGGCAUCAUGAACUGAAAUAACCCAAAGUUUUAAGAUUUCACCAGGUAACCAGGACUAGAGUAGAACUAAAACUAGUACUAUAUAGCUAUUAGUUCAGAACCAAAAAUGUUUGACUAGCUGUAAUUGGGGACGACACAAACACUAAAACAGGACAAAAAUAGAUCUAACCGCAUUCACAGCUUGAAACAUUGAAUAGAAGACAUCCAUACCAUCAUUUUCAGUAUAUUUUCCAUUUCCAAUGGCCAUAUUUCAUAUCAUGCAGCAAAUUUAUGACUUUUUGACGUUUAAAAUGUUCUUAAAAUGUUGUGUGUUUAAAAAUGUAUUUCUUAUCCGAUUAAAUUUUCUGUUUUAUAUAUGGGAAAAGGUACAGUGUCAGACUGUGUGGCUACCUCAGAAACUUUAACUGGAAAUGUCAUGCUGCUGUUUUGGUCUAGUCUGACAUAGUUGGGUAAUGGUUAAAAUUCAGCUUAGGCAUUGACAGUGAACUAACCUUGGCAUACCGACCAUCUUGUUGUCCAUUUACAAGUGCAUACCUUUCAUCACAGUGUCCCAUAUUGUCAAAGGUGUAUUUAACAGUGCAAAUUACAGUGUGCCGUAUUUAGAAUAUGCUUUCUUUAAGCUGGUGCAAAUUCCACCAUAUACCAUUUGACUUCUAUUUGUCUAAAUGGGUUGUGUUUAUAAUCUGGACUCUCAUGAUGGAAUGUCAGGUGAAAACAUGAAAGUUAAACCAAUUAUAUAUUUUUUAAAAAAUGCUCAAAUUGAGAACUUCAUUGACUGAAGUGGAGCUAUAGCAUCCUAAUGCUCAGUAUUUACAUAAAGUUGACAAAGAAGACUUCAGUUUUAAACUAUAAGACUCAAGGAAUGCUGAAGACGAAGAAUAUACAAUUAAAACGUCUACAUUUUGAUUAAAUAUUUCUUUCCCCAUAUUUUUCCUUUACCUCCAUGCUGCUGAGUAACACUUUUUUUUCACCCUAAAAAGAAUCUAUACAUUUGAGUUUGAGUUACGGCUGAAAUCACUUAUUUGCUCCUCUGUUAACAGCUGAAUGGUGAGAAGUAAAGAAUAAAAUUGUAUAUAGUUUUAGAAGACAGUGAAUUGUGUUUUUAACCUUGAAUGAACAUGUACAAAUGUAUGAAAAUAUUUUAUAAUUUUUUAAACAAUGUAAAAAUUACACAAACUAUCGCAAGAUAUGUACAGGAUUUUUGUUUGAAACUAUGUGCCACAAGUUUAAGCUUUGAAGGCUGGUUUGCUAAGUAUUUAAGAUUGACUAUAGACAAUGUGUUAUAUUUCUGGUUUAAAUGAUGGAUUAAAGAUAGUUGGUUGGCUUAAAGGUGCACUGUGUAACUUCUAAGGUCGAGGGUUUGCUACUUGGUUGUGUCCGUGGAGAUGUUAUUUAUUUGCCUGAAAUGUUCCACAGUAGGACAUUAAACAUAUCUCCCUCACACAAUAACAGAUGUUUUAUAGCUCAAAAAUACCUUAAACAUGAAUUUGUACCAUGUGCAGGCUUGCUUCUCCAUAGAUCUGACUAUUAACCUGUCUCCAUUGUGAUUACAAAGUUUAUUUUCAUACUUUGGGAGAAGCAAGGCAAAAUAUCUCCAUGGAGAUGAGCAGGUAGCAGACCCUCCACCAGAAAGGUUACACAAUGCACCUAUUAAUGAAGAAAAAGGUGUACAUAUAAACAAUGUUGUAGUUAUAGUAAAAUUGGACCAUACACCAAAAGAUACAUAUUUUUGACUUAUAGGGGUAAAAUAAACACAAUAAUAUGGUCACAUAUUUUGUAUUACUAAAAUAACACCAGGCCUUCGUGCAUCUGAAUAUAAAUGUGCCAAAAGUGUGAGACAAGUUGAAACUAAUUAACAUGUUUAGACUUGCUUUACAUGAUAUCUCUUUGCAAAUAGUUAAUAAUCAUUGGUGAAGUAUUGUUGAAAUAUGUAGAAAUUAGGUCCUUUUAUAUCUAACUCAGUAUCUGCAGAAAAAAUAACUUUUGUCUACCUUUUGUAGCUGUGAAAUAUGCUGUAAUGAAAAAAAUAUUUGAAAAGCAAGACGCCAGAAAAUAACUUAAAAAUUAAUGUGCCCAAAGGAUUGUUGGACAGUUUUGAAUGUUUUCUGAACGUGGUGUAACAUCUCAAGCCAAUUUUGUCUCAAAUUUGGUGAAAAAAAAGAAACUGCUUGAUUGUUUUGAAAGUGGUUUGGAUACCUGAACUGGAAACAAUUGUUUUUAUGAAAAAAGAUUCAUUAAAAAUACUUCUAAUA